UCACUCACCUCCUCCCUGCAGUUUGGCAAAUUUAACCGCAUCGGUCACCCUGGAUUCAACUGCAUCUGGUGCUGUGCGGGAGAGGCUGUGGCCGGGAAGCUCAGCCUGAGGAUCCAGCAGCUGGAUGUCCGCUGCGAGACCAAGUCCAAGGACAAUGUCUUCGUGGACAUCGUGGUGUCUGUGCAGUACCAGGUGGUGCGCGAGAAUGUGUACGAUGCCUUCUACAAGCUCACAGACUCCAAGAGCCAGAUUCGAAGCUACGUGUAUGACGAGAUCAGGGGCCAGGUGCCCAAGAUGAACCUGGACGACGUCUUCAUCAGCAAGGAGCAGAUUGCGGCGGCGGUGAAGGAGGAACUGGCAAAGUCCAUGACGGGCUUCGGCUUCGCCAUCGUCAACACCCUGAUCACCGACAUCGAGCCGGCAGCCAAGGUCAAGGCCGCCAUGAACGACAUCAACGCCGCGCAGCGGCUGCGCCUCGCCGCCUACGAGCAGUCGGAGGCGGACAAGAUCCGCAUUGUCAAGGCGGCGGAGGCGGACGCCGAGGCCAAGUACCUGGCGGGCCAGGGUAUCGCACGCCAGCGCCAGGCCAUCAUCUCGGGCCUGCGUGAGUCGGUGCAGACCUUCCAGAACGAGGUGUCGGACGUCAACUCUCGCGACGUCAUGGAGCUGCUGCUCAUCACCCAGUACUUUGACACGCUCAAGGACAUUGGCAGCUCGUCCCGUGCCAGCACCGUCUUCCUGCCCCAUGGACCGGGGUCGGUGGGAGAGGCGGCCACCGCCAUCCGCAACGGCGUGCUCUCCGGAAUGGCGGGGUCUCCCCCCCCGCCCGCAGAUCCCAUGCAGCGCUGA